AUGGCAUCAUGGCAGGGGGUGGCGACAGCUGGUAAAGAUUCCCCUCUCUUCCCGUCCCCACACGCUCUUCCCGUCCCCACACGCUCUUCCCGUCCCCACACGCUCUUCCCGUCCCCACACGCUCUUCCCAUCCCCACACGCUCUUCCCGUCCCCACACGCUCUUCCCGUCCCCACACGCUCUUCCCGUCCCCACACGCUCUUCCCGUCCCCACAUGCUCUUCCGCCUUCCACAUUUCUCUCCCAUGACAGCACGGCAGGUGCAAAUAUUUUUUCAUUCAACCACCAUCCACUCCCCCACGCCUCAGGUUCGGAUACUCGCUCUAACAGACCAUGACAGCAUGGCAGGAGUGCCAGAGGCGACAGCAGCAGGGCGGGAGGUGGGAAUGUGUGUGAUUCCGGGGGUGGAGGUGAGUGCUUACUACGAUUGCCACACCCCCAAAAUAACAGGAGGGGGCGCUGUUGCAAACGGGAGUCAAGGAGAUGGGAUGGAAGAAGAGGAUAGAGGUGUAGAGAGAGGUAAAGAUGGGGGGGAAGGGAUCGAGACGGAAGGAGAAGGAAGGAGAGAAGGUGAAGCAGAGGGGGUGAGAGAGGGGAGAGGUGGUCAAGGGGUGCAUGUGUUGGCGUACUUUCCUCCCUUGGGGAUGCGAGAGAGGUGGCAGUAUGCACGGAGGGGCGAGAAGGGGGACAGAUGUGGAGGGGAGGAGGGGAGAGAAGGGGAGGAGGAAGGAGAGGAUGGGGAGGAGAGAGAGGAGGGAGGGGAGGGGGAGGGGAAGAAGCAGCGAGUCAGUGACGAUGUGAUUGGAGCAGAGGAAGAAGAGGAAGAGGAGGCACGAGACGCUCAGCGUGCAUGCCCUGAGGGUGCACCGGGGAGCGCAGCAGAGGGCGCAGCAGAGGGCGCAGCAGAGGGCGCAGCAGAGGGCGCAGCAGAGGGCGCAGCAGAGGGCGCAGGGAGUGUAGUUGGGAGUGCAGGAGGGGAGAGCACGGCAGGAGGGAAGGGCACUGAGGGAGAUGGACUCAAAAAGCUGGUGGGAGUGUUGGAGGGGAUAAGGGAGGGGCGGCACAAGCGGGCGGCAGGCAUGGUGCAGCGGCUGCAGCAGCUGGGCGUGGGUGUGACUAUGGCGGAUGUGAUUCAGCAACUCGACGAUCCCAAGACGGCACCAGGCAGGGUGCACGUGGCAAGGGCGCUGGUGGCAGUGCGGGCGGUGGGGGAUAUGGAGGAGGCGUUUCAGAAGUAUAUAGGGGACCAUGGGCCGGCGUAUGUAAGGGGCGCGGAAAUCCCAGUGGCUGAGGCCAUACGCGUCAUAAACGAGGCAGGGGGGGCGGCAGUGCUGGCGCAUCCGUGGACUAUACCGGAGAGCGCUCUAAGGGGGAUGCUGAAGCGGGUGGCGGGCGCUGGGCUGGUGGGCAUGGAGGUGUACCGCGGGAAGGAGAUCCAAGAAGAGUACAGCCCGUUGCUGCUCAAGAUCGGUGGCCUGGACUUCCACGGGGCAGUGAAGGUCGCCAAGAAGGGGAAUAAACCCCUCUCCUCCCUCUUCCUCUCUACCACCUCCCAUCCAUCCCUCCCAUCCACCCUCCCACCACCAUCAGAGUAUUGCCGCCUUGCCAACGCGCACGGGCUUUUGAAGAUCGGCGGGUCGGACUUCCACGGGGCGGCGAAGCUCGCCAAGAAGGGCGGCGUGGAUCUGGGCGGCUGCGAGCUGCCUGCUCUGGCCGUGCAGCGCUUCCUGGAAGCUGCCGGAAGGAACUGGCGUGCAUGCUGA